GCCGAUUUUAAUUCUUAAAUUAACGGAGUGUUGUUUGUUCAACGUUUCGCGUGUAUGCGGUUAAGAAGGAGAACUCCAAGAAGAAAGGAAAAUGUAUGUAUAUACUGUUGCAUCUUUUAUGACUUCGGCUUGUAACCACAUCUGCAGAAUUCCUGUUGUUUCCAAUCGAGUAUCGCUGUCUCCCAUCACCCUUUGAUGGCACCAUCUCGUUGCAGGGAAUCAAGUAUUCAGCCCAGGGCUCCCACUGAUUCAGCGAUAUUGAUAAACUUUUGGAUAAAUAAAAUUUCCUGUUGCGGUCAGAGCUUUGCUUAUGGAUUUAAAUGCAACAAUAUCCAAAUCACUGAACACAUCUAUGAUGCCAGGCCCAAGUAGCAAAACACAGAAUGAUAAGCAUAUUUCCACAAAACCAGACACCACAGUGCUCGCUGCUGUAGCUUUGCAAGAUCACAUUAUUAGGAAUCUGCAGCUCCAAAAUCAUUCAUUGUCUGAUACUUUUAAAACAAAAGAACGGAAUAAAAUGAAUUGUUACAGGCUUGUAAACCGAAACACUGUGAAGGCUGUCGUGGAUACAGGGAUAAAAAGAAAUGAAAAAAAGGAAAUAAAGAAAGAUGAGGAAAGAGAGUAUGUUCUGGAUCCAAAACCUCCAGGUCUUACUUUAGCUCAGAAAAUGGGUCUGGUUGAGGCACCUAAAGAACCCUUGACAGCUAAUGAGUGGCAACUAGUAAAGAAGAGAUCAGUGCAACAGGGAGAUUCAGCACAGCCUUGUGCUAUAUGCAGAGAAGAAUUUGGAUUACAACAACAAGUCUUGCUGUCUUGCUCACAUGUUUUUCACCGGGUUUGUCUGCAAGCCUUUGAGAAGUUCUCUGGGAGAAAGAGUUGCCCCAUGUGUAGGAAGGAACAAUACCAGACCAGGGUAAUUCAUGAUGGAGCUCGCCUAUACAGAAUGAAAUGUGCUACAAGAAUUCAGAGUCACUGGCGUGGAUAUAUUGUUCGCAAAUGGUACAAGCAACUGAGGCGCACUGUGCCUCCAAAAGACAAGAAAUUACGAAAGCGAUUCUAUGAAGACAAGUUGCACGAGAUUAAUGACAGGUUAGUGAGAUUGUGCAGUAUAAAUAUCGAUGAACUGUUUUCUGAAAUUGACCACUCAGUGGCUACAAGCAGAAGAGUGUUGCAGCGGUUUGAGAGACAAUAUGUUCAGACCAUAUCUGAGGAAGAAUGGGAGCAAAUACAGAUUAAGGCAAUCCAGAGAGAGAUAUUUGAUUGUCCAAUUUGUAUCACCCCAUUGGAUCGCUUAAGCAACAUAUCGUGCCAGGCUGAAGGACCUGGCAGAGGAGAGAAAAGUGAUUCAAUAGUGCGGCAAGCAGUGUUGCUGUCUUGCUCACACACCUUCCAUUACACUUGCCUGCAGGCCUUUGAAGACUUUUCUGAGGGAGAAAACCACAUUUGCCCAUUAUGUAGAUCAACCUAUGAAAAGAAGAUUUUGAGUAAUAAGCUAUAAAUCUCUACUCUGUCCAAAAAAAGGAAAUUUUCAUCCCUGUUCAUUUGCAUUCUCAAUA